AUGUCUGAAGAAUUGAACAAAGCUACUGAAAACUUGUCCUUAGACGCUCAAGCACCAGCUACUGAAGCUCCAGCUACUGAAACUUCAACUGAUAAUGCUCAAUCAACAGUUUUAGAUUCAAAAAAGGAAUUUAAUGUUAAACAUCCAUUAAAUUCAAAAUGGACUUUAUGGUAUACAAAACCUGCAAAUAAUCCAAAAGAAUCAUGGUCAGAUUUAUUAAAACCAGUUAUUACUUUUUCAAGUGUUGAAGAAUUUUGGGGUAUUUUCAAUUCAAUUCCACAAGCUGGUGAAUUACCAUUAAAAGCUGAUUAUCAUUUAUUUAGAGAAAAUAUUAAACCUGAAUGGGAAGAUCCAGAAAAUUCAAAAGGUGGUAAAUGGAAUUUCCAAUUUAAAAAUAAAGAUAUUAAUAUUAAUGAAUUAUGGUUAAGAACUUUAUUAAGUGUUAUUGGUGAAACUAUUGAAGAUGAUGAUAAUGAAGUUAAUGGUGCAGUUUUAAAUGUUAGAAAAGUUGCAAUUAGAAUUUCUUUAUGGACUAAAUCAUCAGAUAGAGCUAAAUUAUUCCCAAUUGGUAUGAAAUUUAGAAAAGUUUUAAAAUUAAGUGAUGCUGAUUCUUUAGAAUUUUUAAGUCAUAAAGAUGCUGAUAAUAGAUCUGCUAAACCACUUUUAACUGUUUAA